GACGGAUACUGCUCCUCACAAGAGUGUCGGGAUAUUUUCGUUUUCUGGAGUAUCUGAGGAUUCUUUGUUUGUUGCGCCCAGAACAACUCUCCAGCUAUAUUGAUUCUGUUUGGUUUUCCGUUUUCCCGGCAUGGUUAUAUUCACCCAUGGCUUCGCCGUAGGGUUUGGAUGUUGGUAAAAGGACGCUCAAGUGAUGUUUUGAAGCACAUGCUGGAUUCACCAGGGUUCUCGUGUCAAAGUGUCAGGCUGUUCUCGAGUUCGAGAUGUGGACCACUUUGAUCGGGGGUUGCUGGGGUUUCGGCUGCUUGUCCAUGAUGGUGACUAUGGUGUUUGGGGCGCGAAGUGCCGACGAACCGAGCAACAUGUCAUUCGUGAAAGCAACCGUGGACAAGCUCCUGAAAGGCUACGACAUCCGUCUGCGGCCUGAUUUUGGAGGCGCCCCUGUCGAUGUGGGCAUGCGCAUAGACAUUGCCAGUAUUGACAUGGUGUCUGAAGUCAACAUGGACUAUACUAUCACUAUGUACUUCCAACAGUCCUGGCGAGACAAGCGUCUCUCAUACACUGGCAUUCCCCUCAACCUCACACUCGAUAACCGGGUGGCUGACCAGCUGUGGGUCCCUGACACAUACUUUAUUAAUGACAAGAAAUCUUUCGUCCAUGGGGUGACGGUGAAGAACCGAAUGAUCAGAUUGCACCCUGAUGGAACUGUGCUUUAUGGUCUCAGGAUCACCACAACAGCUGCCUGCAUGAUGGAUCUGCGUAGAUACCCUUUGGAUGAGCAGAACUGUACACUGGAAAUUGAAAGCUAUGGAUAUACAACUGAUGAUAUUGAGUUCUACUGGCAGGGGGGAAGCAAUGCAGGAUCAGUGACUGGGGUGGAGAACAUUGAGUUGCCCCAGUUCUCAAUCAUAGACUACCAAACACUUUCCACUAAAGCUGUUUUUGCCACUGGGUCUUAUCCACGACUUUCACUGAGUUUCAAGCUGAAACGAAACAUUGGUUAUUUCAUCCUGCAAACCUACAUGCCCUCCAUCCUGAUCACCAUCCUGUCAUGGGUAUCAUUCUGGAUCAACUAUGAUGCCUCUGCUGCCAGAGUGGCUUUAGGUAUUACUACGGUGCUGACCAUGACCACCAUCAAUACCCACCUAAGGGAAACACUUCCAAAGAUUCCAUAUGUCAAGGCAAUUGACAUCUACUUGAUGGGCUGCUUUGUCUUUGUUUUCCUGGCUUUACUGGAGUACGCCUUUGUCAACUAUAUCUUCUUCGGUCGAGGUCCUCACCUGCAGAAGAAAGUGGCAGAAAAGGCAGCCAAGUCCAACAAUGAGAAUAAGAGCAGAAUGGAGAGCAAUAAAGUACAGGUUGAUGUUCAUGGAAACAUCCUUCUGACCAACCUAACGGGUGAGAUGGGUGGAGGUGAUAUGAUUGGCUCUCUGAACGACCCCCGGGCCACAAUGUUCUCCUAUGACAGUGCCAGCAUACAGUAUCGCAAGCCUAUGACCAGUCGCGAUCUGUACGGACGGAUGGCCGUUGAGAGGCCAAUGGGACACAAGAAGGGCCAACUGAGGAGGAGGGCUUCGCAACUCAAAGUCAAGAUCCCUGACCUCACAGAUGUCAAUGCCAUAGACAAGUGGUCACGUGUUGUUUUCCCAAUCAUGUUUACCUUCUUUAACCUGGUCUAUUGGCUUUACUAUGUCCACUAGGUUUGUGAUUGGAAGUCUGUGUGGCAGACCAGAUACUGUACAUUAGGAAAGCUACAUUGUGCAUAUGCUAAGAUAACAUACUAUAAUAAUAAUAAUAAGUGGCACAUUCUGCCCAUUUGUAUAAAUCCUGUAUUAGAAAAAAGAAGUAAUGAACGUCUUUAGAAUGUAAAUACAGUUAAUAAUCAGUAUAAUCAAUUAUUUCAAUACUUUUGCUCUACAGAUCCAGCCACAAGUUAAUAUUGUAUAGAAUUUAAGACAUGGUAAGUACUGUUAAUGGUAUUUCUGUGUACAAACAGGCCAACAAUACUCAAUCUUACUGUACACAGAAGUCAGCUUUAAUUUGUUUCCAGGGUAACACAAAAAUGUAGAGAAUGAAACUAAGCCUAGGGCAAAAACAGUGGGUAACUUUAAUUUUAAUUUUAAACCAAUGGUUCUAUUUUGUUAUGUUAGGGUGUAUCAAAGACAUCAAAUCACUUUCAGAAAACCUAAACCUGUGAAUACAACAAAAAACAAAACAAAACAAAACAAAAAACAUGGCUUUUUAUUCAUAUGUACAGUAUCCCCCAGAAAUACAUUGGAUGUUUUCUGCCACAGAGGCUGCUGAGAGAGAGAGAGAGAGAGAGAGAGAGAGAGAGAGAGAGAGAGCAUGCAUGUGUGUGAGCAUGCAUGUGAGCAUUAUGUUUCUUUAUUUGGUUCACAUUUUUGUGUGUUUAAUAAAGUCGAAAAAUAGGUCAGAUACAUUUUGGUUGUCCACAAUAAUGCAUUUCUGGUUUUCUUACAAUUGCGCUGAGUGCAUAUGGGUCAUUUUCAUAUAAUUUGAUCGAUAACGAUAAAAACAAGGCCCACUGAAUUUCCUUUUGAAAAUCAAUUAAUGUUAGUAAUGAGUAUUUGAAUUAUUUUUCACUCAAGCUGUCUUUACAGUAAAUCAGAAUCAUCUUUAUUUUGCCAAGUAUGUCCAAAAAACACAAGGAAUUUGUCUCCGGUAAUUGGAGACGCUCAAGUACGACAACAGACAGUCAAUUGACAGACAAUACUUUUGAGACAUAAAGACAUUGAGAAAAACAGUCACUGAGCAAUAAAGGGUUGCUAGUUAUCUGGUAAUGCCGGUACUUUUUUUUUUUUUACAAUUGUGCAAAAAGAUGCAGAGUCCUCUAGCACUUAGAGCAGUUUGAAUGACUAAUAUAGCAAUAGUCCGGUGCAAUGACCAUUGUGCAAAGGGCGCCGAGAUUUCAAGAAAUUUAUGCAGUUUAAAGUGAUGAGAAGUGCGAUAAUCUGGGACAAUGUCGAUUGUGCAAAUGUUGCAAAUACUCCUCAGUCAGUGUGCAAGUGGUGCAGAUGCUACUCUGGUAUGAGUGGCCAGUAUUGGUCAACAACAGAUAUGCAAAUAGUGCAGCGUGGCGAGACUACUACAGUGAGUGCACGAGAAAUAUAUAAUUGGCCCUACAGAAAUGUGACAACAAACUCAAGACAAAAAAAAUUGGCAGCAUGUUGCAAUGUAAUUGUAAGUUAGCUGUUCAAGAAGUUGAUGGCAAGAGGGAAGAAGUUGUUGGAAUGUCUGCUAGUUCUAGUUUGCAUUGAUCGGUAGCGCCUACCUGAGGGAAGGAGCUGGAAGAGCUGGUGACCGGGAUGUGGAGGGUCCGAGAGGAUUUUGCACGCUCUUCUCCUAGUUCUGGCAGCGUGCAAGUCCUCAAGGGUUUGUAGGGGGGUACCGACAAUCUUUUCAGCAGUUUUGAUUGUCCGUUGCAGUCGGAGUUUGUCCUUUUUUGUAGCAGCACCAAACCAGACUGUGAUGGAAGAAAACAGGACUGAUUCGAUGACCGCUGUGUAGAACUGCCUCAGCAGCUCCUGUGGCAGGCCGUGUUUCCUCAGAAACCGCAGGACGUACAUCCUCUGCUGGGCCUUUUUGAGGACGGAGUUGAUGUUGAUCGCCCACUUCAGGUCCUGAAAGACUGUCAUUCCCAGGAACUUAAAAGUCUCGACGGUUAACACAAGGCAGCUGGACAGCAUGAGGGGCAGCUGUGGCGAAGGAUGCCUCCUGAAGUCCACGAUCAUCUCUACAGUCUUGAGCGUGUUCAGCUCCAGGUUGUGUCAGCCGCUCCACUUCCUGUAGAUUCCUUCUUCCUGCAGGGGGUCCAGCAGGGGACCUGUGAUGCUCUUGAGGUGGUCCAUCACGAGGCGUUCAAAGGACUUCAUGACCACAGAUAUUAAGGCGACAGGCCUGUAGUCAUUCAGAUCCGAGAUUGUAGGUUUCUUGGGGACUGGAAUGAUGGUGGAGCGUUUGAAACAGGAUGGUACUUCGCAGUUCCAGAGAUCUAUUGAAGAUCUGUGUGAAGACUGCAGCGAUCUGGUCCACGCAGACUUUGAGGCAGGAUGGGGACACAAGGUCUGGGGCUGCGGCUUUGUUAAUCUUUUGUUGUUUGAAGAUGCGUGUCACAUCCUGUUCGUGGAUGGUCAACGCAGAAGUCAGACGUGUGAUUGUGGUCGGUGGUGUGGCUGGGUGGGUGUGGGGUCUGAAAGUGUCCGUUUCAAAUCUGCAGUAGAAGUUAUUCAAGUCGUUGGCUAGUGUCCUAUUGUUCUCAGCUUGGGGGGAUCAUCACUUGUAAUUGGUUAGAGAUUGUAAUGCAUGCCAGUCUGAUUUAGAGUCGUUAGCGCUAAACUGUUUUUCCAACUUUGCUGCGUAGUUUCUCUUUGCAAUGUUAAGUUCUUUAGUCAGCUGGUUUCUAGUGCGAUUAUACAGGGCCCUCUCCCCGCUUUGAUGUGUGUCCUCCUUAUCUUGGCGAAGUUGCUUAAGUUUGGCAGUGAACCACUGCUUGUUGUUAUUGAAUGUGCGAAAUGACUUUGUUGGUACACCCACAUCUUCUCAGAAACUAAUGUAGGAUGUGACAGUGUCCGUAUAUUCAUCCAGGCUGCCAGCUGAAAAGACACUCCUGGAGAAGACCUCAUUAUGUGGUUGCAAUACACCAGAGGGAUCUGUGAGCUGAAGUGCCAACAUGAGGCAGCCAUUUUCCAUUCACACAAUAGCAGACAGCAAAAUAAAUGUUCUUUCUGUUAUUUGAAUGAAUAUGUAUGAAUUUGUGAACAUGUUGGAACGAUUGCAUUUUUUUCAUUGUUAUUACGAUUGUAUAAAAAACAAGAGUCCAAUGGGUUUAAUGAGUAGUUAGGAUCAUUUAUGCACUUGUAUCUGGAGAGUUUGAAGAACAACACGUAAAUUGUGCAAUUCAACCAAUUUUUAAGAAGCUGUUUAUAUUUUUACCAUUAUGCAAGUAGUGUAUUUCAAUGGGCCAACACAAUUUUCUCUGUCAAACGAUUGCCCUUUACUAUGGAUCCCUAAGAUUUUAAAUCAUCAACAACUUUUUGAAGACAUUCACCCAUAUAAAACCAAGGCAGCAUAAGAAAAUUGUGAAAUUAGAAUGUUUGUUGUAUCUUUGCCGUUAUUCAUCAAAUUAUAUAAAAAUGACCCAUAUGCAUUUUACUGCUAUUGAACUUAUCAAACCUGAUCCGCUCAUUACAAUCACAUCAAUUGCUUUUGUACAAUCAUUCCAUUUAAUAGACAUUAAUUAGAACUUCCUUAUUCUCAAAAACUAUUCAAUUUGUUCUUACAAUUCAGUUUGUUCAAUUACAUUCUAACAAUGUAUCUGAGUACAAUGUAAUUUUCAUCAAAAUAAAUCAUGACAUAUGUCAAGAUGCUUUCAAAACUGAUUUGAAAAUGUUAUCCCUAAUAAAACAUGCUGGUGGUGUUAAAAUAUACUUAACACUGGUAUGUUGGUGACAUGAAAAUUAUUCUGGGUGUGACGGUUUGAAUUCUGAGUGCUUUUUUCAAAGUUAAAAAGCAAAAAGGAUGGAAUGUGUUACACUUUUCCUCCAUUGGUUUUGCUCAGGCGGCACGGUGGAUGGCGGCUGGUUAGAGCGUCUGCCUCACAGUUCUGAGGACCGGGGUUCAAUCCCCGGCCCCGCCUGUGUGGAGUUUGCAUGUUCUCCCCGUGCCUGCGUGGGUUUUCUCCGGUUUCCUCCAUCCAUCCAUCCAUUUUCUGAGCCGCUUCUCCUCACUAGGGUCGCGGGCGUGCUGGAGCCUAUCCCAGCUGUCAUCGGGCAGGAGGCGGGGUACACCCUGAACUGGUUGCCAGCCAAUCGCAGGGCACAUCGAAACAAACAACCAUUC